CUCGUCGCUUCUGGCGGCGUAAUUGGCUACGCCAAAGCAGGGAGUGUCCCAUCUCUAGCUGCUGGUCUUCUCUUUGGUGGUUUAGCAGGAUUAGGGGCUUACCAGCAGUCCAAAGAUCCAAAGAAUGUGUGGCUUUCUCUUGUGGCAUCUGGAACUUUGGCUGCAGUUAUGGGAAUGAGAUUUUACAACUCCAGAAAAGCAAUGCCUGGGUUAAUUGCUGGUGCCAGUUUAUUCAUGGUUGGGCGGCUAGGAUUACAGAUGAUGGAAAAGCCUCUUAAGCCAUAAGUCUGCAGCAAGUCACUUGAAAGUACAUGGUUGAGAAGCAUGAAAAUGCAACUGCCUGAACAUAUUACACAAACGGAAAAGACACUGCUGUCUCUGCAUUGUGUUUUUCAUAUCUUAAUGCAUGUGGAUUGUUUUUUUUAAAGGACAGAAAUUGAGAGCCCUUAUGUUGUCCAGAAUGGCAUUUGUCUCAACGUCUUCUGCAUUGUGAAGCAAGAAAAUAUGGGAAUAGCAUUAGUUUAGUUUCUGGUCCUGCAACUGACUGUAGGCAAAGACCUCUUAGCACUUGCAUGCAAACAAUUGCAAGAUUGAAGUUUUAAAUACACAUUUGGAUUUGUCAUUCUGAAAUCCGUUAUACUUCUAAAACAAGGGUAGAGAAGCUGCCAAUUUGUCAUUAAUAUUUACUGUUAACAAAUGUGCUCAUUCUAUUACCUCUCCCCCACCAUUUUUCUGGCAGUUUAUCCUGUCAUCAAGUUUGAAUUCUCUCAAUCAGGGACUUUGUUCUUUCAGCACUGUAUGUUAGAACCUUGGCCCAAAAGACACAACCAUGGAGCAGGGUGUCAAGGUUCUAUGGCAAUGCAAUGAAUGUAAACCUGUUAACUUAGAAUCAUGAGCAAAAGCACCCGACUAAAUGUCAUUCAUUCGACUUUUACAGACUAUUGUUCAUAAGAGAAAUCAAAAUAUGCUUCAUUUGAUAAUACUGAAUUGUGCGCAUGGCUCUUGCAUUUCAUGAAAAGUAAAAUGUUACUCUAAAUAAACUAAUAAUUAUUACAAACUUUUGCAUUCUA